CUGUUAGCAGAGCUCGAAGUAUGACAGCCACCAUGGACAAUACAAAACACACAACUUACACAGACAGCACUACAAAACAAGACAGACAAGCGAAAAAAUAUGAAAGUAUUGCAAUUGCAAAUCCCAAGAAAAAAAGUGGUGUGAAAGUGAUUGUGAAUAAUCGAGUUCUAGGAAUAUAAAAUGAAAUCUCUUGUAAAGUAUGUCAGCAUAAGAAAUUGUCUUAUUCUAAGAAGAUAUGUAUUUGGUACAUUAACCCAUUAUUCAUCUAAUCCUGUUGAUUUUCCUGAUAUGGGUCCUCCAAUACCGGUUUACAAGAAAAAGGCAAACGAAUCAAUUGAAAAGAUGAAGGCAAGAUUGCUGUACCAAAGUAGAAAACGAGGAAUGACUGAAAACGGGUUAAUCUUGAGUAACUUUGCUGCAAAGCAUUUAAAUUCCUUUACGAAACAGCAACUUGAUGAGUUUGAUGUUCUCAUUAACAAGCCUUCAAAUGACUGGGAUAUUUUUUAUUGGAUAAUGGAGAAAGACGUAACUCCAGAUGAGUACAACACUGAAGUAAUGAACAUGCUGAAGAAAUUUACUAGAAACGAGAAAAUGGAAUUAAGAUAUUGUCAACCAGAUUUGCAGUUUGAAAAUAAAUAAGCUGUGCAUGUGUUUUUGUAAUAUUAAUGCUUCUUUCGUGUGUAAAACCUGAAUUCGAAAUGUAAAAUAAAUGUAUCAUAACUUAUUUUUGUAUUUUUGUUUUAAAUAUUGUAAGUUUGUUGUUGAA